AUGUUUUCCCAGGAGCAAGGCGUUCCAGAGCUUAAGGGCAGCAAGGGCAGCACGGCUCAGAUUGUUCAGGAACGGUGUCGCGUUUUUCAUUCUGAGUUCCCAAACCCUUCCUUUCCAGAAGGAUCAGUGCAUUGCCAGGAGAAGAACCAGGAGGAGAACAAGGCCACACACCUUCCAAAGGAGGCAGUGCAGCAUGUUGUGCUUGACGAUUUGAAGGAAUUCGCCGACGAGGAACAAUGGUCCGAUGCUGAAAUUCAAGAAUUGUGGGACCACGUGGAGGACAAGAAGGAGAUGUCAAUGUACGCAAAGCCCGUGAAACAUUUAGACAUUUCAAGUCUGAAAUGCCGGCAAGCAAAUUGA